CAAUCCUCCUUCUCCUUUGAUGCUGCCUGACCUGCUGCGCUUUUCCAGCAACACAUUUUUAAGCUUUAUCACAAUCCUACUUACAAUGGGCAAUUUGACUUCGUUGUGUGCUUUAGUUAAAGAAGUCAAUUCAUCCUACAAUGCACCAAUAAUAAUUGUUACCUUUAUCCUGGGAUUUAUUGGAAAUGGCGUUGCUUUAUGGAUCUUCAGUUUUCAUAUGAAAUCUUGGAAACCAAACACAGUUUAUUCACUGAACCUGGCAAUUGCAGACACUAUGUUAAUCUGCUGUUUACCAUUUCGAGCAGAUUACUAUAUCCGGGGGAAGAACUGGAUUUAUGGAGAUGUUCCUUGUCGUCUGAAGGUACUUUUUAUUUCCUUAAAUCGAGCGGGAAGCAUCAUGUUCCUCACAGCGAUGGCGAUCGAUCGGUAUUUUAAAGUGGUCCACCCUCACCACAGGGUGAAUACGAUGUCUACAAGGUGUGCAGUGAAGGUAGCCGGCAGCUUGUGGAUUCUGGCCGUGGCAAUGUGUUCACAUCUUUUAGCAGAACAUCGGUCUUUCAAACACGACAACCGGACAUACUGUGAACCCUUUGACAUGUCGAAUCCUCUCCGUCCCACAGCAAUUUGGACCGAUACUGUUUUUAUUCUUUUCAAGUUUGCUAUCCCGGCUCCGAUUAUCCUCUUCUCCACGUCCUGCAUCAUCUGGAAGUUAAACCAGAUAAAAGUUGAGUUGAGAAGUAAAUACAAAAGAGCGAUGAAGCUUGUGAUCGCUGUGGCUGCAGUGUUUGUGCUUUGUUUCUUACCCACAAACAUUGCUGUUAUUGCUGUGUUAAUCACGAAACUAAGAGGCGCUAAAGGCUGUAAAUCAUAUGAGACAGCUGUUCAUGUCUUUUAUAAUACACUAUUUAUGACAAAUCUGAACAGUGUCCUGGAUCCAGUUAUUUACUACUUUUCAAGUUCGACAUUCAAAAAUGCUUUAAUGAAAGCAGUUACUUCUCCGAAUCUAAACUGUUCCAAAUCAGAAACUGAUAGUGCGAGAGAAUCCCCAGGAGAAAUAGAUGGUGGUCAUCAAUCAUAAAGGACAGCGGUCUGUCAUAACUGUGAGCCAUCCCAAACUGUGUCGACUUCGUUUGCAUGACCCAGUAGUUAAUAAUGUGCCUGUCUUUAAAUUGUCGUCAAUACAUUGUUGCAAAAUGUUGAAAUUUCCUGGAUUUUUCUAUAUUGUAAAAUCAAUUAAUCUGUUUCUAUAGGAUAUUAAAAAACUAUGUUUUUCCAUCACGUUUUCCACGUGCUUAAAGCUUGCAACAUUUUACUCUGCAACAUUGACUAGGGAUUUUCAGUGAUAAAGUGUUUAACUCCACAAAGAGCUAGAUUCUUGUAAUUAAUAAAAAGAUUGAAGACAAA